GGAGUGACGUACUGUGGAGAAAGCUCUGCCAGCACUCUGACCAUGGCUAACGUCCCCUGGCAUCAGGAAGUGGUCGCCUUCGUCCAGCAGCUGGCCGACAUGUUGCCUCAGUAUGAGAUCGCCUGCGAACACGAGCACUCCAACUGUUUGCUCAUCGCACACACAAAGUUCAAGGUGGACGGCGAGUGGUGGACGUGGAUCGACUACGAGCGCUUCCAGGAGCUGGUCCGGGUCCACGAGGAGAGUGAAGGGCAGGAGAGCUUCUCUGCGUUGGACUACAUGGCUAAGACUCCCAGCUGGGCUCUUUUUGGAGCCUGCGAGCAAGGUUUUGACCCGGCGGACACACGCUUUCAACGACGCAACAAAACCAAAGACAUCUCAGGAUGCUGAUAGAUGAGAGAGAGAUGAGAGGAGGUAGGAUGAACUGAGUGAUCUCUAUAGCAGACAUACAUGUAAGGGAAUUAGGGGUUAAAUUGUUAUUUUGAUGAUUUUCAAAUCUACUGUCCACAGCCGCGCUCUUUUCUCUUCUGAACUCUGCCCCGCUCUUUUUUUUCCUUUCUCUCUAAAAUCAGACUUUUUAUUGGCUUGACCCCUGAGAUCGUCCGAAACCAGAAUCACUUCCUUCACUUUAAUAUAUCGAGACAUUCCCCCCUAACAUCGACUUUAAGUGUUCUUUUACUUCCUAAUCUAAACGCACAUAAUUCUUUUUAUUUUUGUUCUUUUUUUUUAAUGAGGUUAUUAUUAUGAAUGUCUUUGUUUUUGAUAUUUUCUACCAUCUGUCAGCACUUGGGGAGAUCAACACUGAAAUAGUCUGACCUGGCUGUGACGUCAUCUCCAGCCUCGUUUCGGAUGUUUUUUUUAUAAUCCGCAGCACAGCUCAGGGCGUGGUCAGCCUGGAUGAAUACACUUCUUUUAUCCAGACACCUCUGCUCUUCCUCCCACAUUAAGACAACAGGUGUAUUUACAUGUGGAGAGAGAGAGAAGAGCAUCGAGGAGAGGAUCAAGCUUCUUGUCGCUCUCUUUGUUUGAGUUUUUUCAGUCCAAAGUCCGUCUGAAUGGUAGAACAACUACAACAACUCUUUACAAUGACAAACUUCAACAUCAGAAAUACUCGACAUGUCUGAGUGACCUGAUACUGAAGGAAUAGUCUCUGGGGAAAGAAAACAUCAGUAGUGCUGAUUUAACACAAUAAGUUAACAAACUUAAUCUCAUAAAUCAAUGUUGUGCACUGCAGUUAAAUUGCAGUUUUCAUCUGUAAAAAAAAAAAAGUGCAAUCCCCGUUUUCAGACUAUAUCUGGUCUGAAACCACUUUGUUAAUCCUCCUCACCGCUCUAAAUGAAAUAUAAAAAAAGACUUGCACAAACUGCUGAUGUCCAUCACUGAGAGUUUGAACCCAAAUGCACAAAUUCAGCCUUCACUCAGGAUGGAAGGACCGGACUGAGGACUAUGAAGAGACACAGCAUGGGGGGAGGGGGUGUAGUUUCAUAUCAGUCGAGCCCGAGUGAGCCUCUUUGAGCAUGGCAGCAUGAAGCCUAAGUUACUGAUUGUUUUUUUAUGACGCUGUGAUUCGUUUUAAGUUCUUUGAUUUGUAAAUUCUGAUGUAAAUGUUUACGUCCAUUUUGAUUGGUUCUGUAUGGUCUCCCUGCUGGAAGAAACCGAAUGUGUUUAAAUACAUCUACAGAAUAAAUGUAUUUGGGAUAUUCA